AUGGAGCAAAACUUAGUUACAUCAAAAAAAUCCACACUUAAUUCAAAAGAGCAUUUUAAACUUAACUGAAGCCCGAAAAAAAGCUUGCAAGAUGCAGUUGCAAGUAUAACAGAUCAUGUGCAUAAAAAGAAAAAAGUUGAAGCUGGGCUUUUAUCUACAAACGAUGCAAUUUCUAUAUCUAAAAAGUUAAGGCGUUCUUUGACAAGGCUUGAAAAUAAGAUGCCAACACAAUUGCAGCCUGUCCCAUCUGAUCCAAGUAAAUUUAUAGUCAAUGAUAAGCAUAAUUUCACAUCAGCUCGGCAUAAACCUUCUCAUAGUAUAGGAUCUUAUCCUUUGCUAUCUAGGCCUUCCUCAAAACAGUCAAGUCCCAAACUGCAUUUACAACUCUCUGAAAUUAAAAAAAAUUAUAAAAUCCCAGCCACUGAGCGAAAAAAUUUUGAAUUAGAACUAAAACCUUUUAUAACGAACUCUGCUAUUACUUCUCGGCCAAUUUCUUGUGAUUUAUAUAGAAACACAGCUCCGAAUUCUCCAAGAAAGCCUAAAUCUACUAGACGAAGUUCUCAAUUUUGUCUUGACAAGAUAAUCAGCGAGUGUAACAAUUUAGAAAAUUUAAAUAAAAGAGAAACUAACCAAAUAAACGAAGAAGACAAAGUCAUAAAAUCAGCAUUUAAAAGAUUGAAUAGGUAUAUUGAAAAACCUAAAGAAAAUUUAAAUAAAGACUAUGUGCAUGCUUUUGUAAAAGAUUUCAAGUCAGAUAAAAUUGCUUUUGUAUAUGGAAAAGGAAACCAAGGACUCUAUCUAAGAUCUAAUAAAAGAGAUCUGAUUAAAUUGUUGUAG